CACAUUCCUAUACCCUUUUAUUCCACCAAAAUUUAAAACAACAAUCCCUCCCCAAAAACUGCAACAACAAAAAAAAACUCACACUCACACCCUCCGUAGAUUAAUAAAAAGGUGAGAGCGUGAGACAACAAGCUACGUUGUCCCAACCGUGUUGUUAACACGGAGGGACAACAAUAAUCUCAUAAUAAAAUACACACUACAUCACAACCUUAAAAAUUCCAAAAUUACCAUCGACCUGGGUCACAAAUUCAAGAAAUGGAAGUUCAACGAAUGAGGGCAUUAAUGACACUUUGGUCUUCUUUGCAAAUUAACCGCGUCGCUCUUGUGGGUGGAAACCACACCGCCUCUAGAUUUUGCACUCGCUAGAACUUUCCCUUUUCUCAAUUCUCUCCCUCAAUUACCUCUCUUUUUCUUCUCUACCUACAUAUAACACACUUCACCAAAAUUCUCUCAAAAACUAUUUCCCUUUUUGUCAAUUGAUUUAAUAAUCUAACUAUAUAAUAUCUCUCAAUAUGACGAUAGACCUUAAUAUUGAUGAUACCUUAGCAAAACGCUAUUGCAAUAAUAAAAGCAAUAAGCCACUUACUUUAUACUCAGAAGCCCGUUAUCUCAUCAUUAGGCUUCCAAAUUCAAGAUUCACUAACACAUGUUAUCGCUUACUUCUUUUGAUUUUGGCUUUAGUUUCUUUCCAAUUCAUAAUAAGAUCAUUCUUAAUCAAUGCCCAAAGAAUCUCUUCUUCAGAUGAUUCAAUCAAUGCAAAUUCUAUUUACACAGAACAACGAGUAUUAUCCAUUCUAUUCCGUGACUUAACAAACGAAGGUCUCCUCAAGCAAACACAACACAAAGCGGUUUUUCUCACAAACGACGCGUCGUUCAAAGUUAUAACCGAUUACAACGACGAAAUGGAAGUUGUUCCAUUAAACGACAUUGAGAAACAAAAUUCUCAAAACGACAACACUGUUGAUUUUAUUUUCACGUCUAAUUUCCCUUCUGCUUCUAGAUUCAUCGAGAGGGUUCUAAAACCUGAAGGCAUUGUAACGGUUUUAAUAAACGACAACAAUCCAACGACGUCGUUUUACAAACCCGAAAAUUACAAAAUCGUUUACAUGAGACGGUUCGAUUCUAUCGCGGUGGCAAUGAAGAAAACCGCAAACUCCGUCGUAACCACCGUUGAUAAGAAACUAAACAUCGCUGCGCCGAGAAAACUCUUCAGUUACGCAUCAGAAGCAAAGAAAAAUGCAUUAAAGAAUCUGGAAGACGUUCUGUUAGAGCCACCAAGAGCUGCAUCAGGGAAAUCAAGAAUUUAUCUGAAGCGAACAAAGUAUCUUCCAGAUUUAAUGGGAGAUUCACUGGAAAGCUAUUCUCGCCGUGUUUUCAUAGACGUAGCAUUACCGGAGAAAGAAGGAGAAAGCGGAACGGAAUGGUUUGUGAAGAAUUAUCCGACGAGGAACAAGAAAUUCGAGAUGUAUAAGAUAGAGACGGUGAUGGAGGAAUCUUCGGGGAGGGAAAAUGGAAUCUCGGAUUGGUUGAAUAAGAAUGUGAAAGAUGAAGAGUAUGUUGUGAUGAAAGCUGAAGCUGAAGUUGUUGAAGAAAUGAUGAGAAGUAAUUCAAUUGGAUUAGUGGAUGAACUUUUCUUGGAAUGCAAGCCACGUGGUCAAAUGGAGAAUAAAAAUCGUAGGGCUUAUUGGGAGUGUUUGGCUUUGUAUGGUAAGUUAAGAGAUGAAGGUGUUGCAGUUCACCAAUGGUGGGGUUAGGAAUUAAUAUUCAAUUCAAAAUAUUGGUGUCACUCUAAAUAAAUAUUUAAGUCCCAAGGAAAGUGUGUUACAAAAGAGAAGUGGUGUGUGUAGGUUAAUUAAGAGAAAGUGUUUGGGAGGCAUGAGAGGGCCGAUAGUGGAUUGGUCUUGGUAAAAAAAAACAAGCUUUCAAUUUGUGUGUUUUUUUAUUUAUUUAUAAUUUCCUGGGUUGUUGUAAUUCUGCAUUUUAUAAUUAUUAUUAUCGGUUUGUUUAUGUAAAGUUAUGUGAUGUGUAGUGUGUGGUUGUUUGCGAAGGGAUUAUGAAAAGGAAUGAGUUAAAUGAAUAUUAGGAUGCAUUCAAAUAGAGGUGUUGUUAUGAUA